CUCCCUCUGGUCUCCCUGCAUUUUUUUCCUAUAUUUAUACACAACACCCACACCCACCACCGUCUCCACCUCCACAACCACCCUCCCACCCACCCACCCAUAUCCCACCCCACAAUGCAAAAACGAUACAAGACAAAGUUCCCCGUCGCCCGCAUAAAAAAGAUCAUGCGCACAGACGACGAGGUCGGCAAGGUCGCCCAGGUCACUCCCGUGCUCAUAUCCAAAGCCCUCGAGCUGUUUAUGGCCGCUCUUAUCGACCAGACCUGCAGAGAGACCAGGACGAGGAAUGCGAAAAAGAUGACCACCGCUCAUUUAAAACGAACCAUACUAGAAGUCGACACCUUCGAUUUCCUCGCGCCGCUCGUCGAAGCCCUGCCCGACCCCGGCGGCGGCGGCGGCCCUACCGAAGCCGGUGACGCGUCUCCCACAACAACAGCGGUAUCAUCGUCCAUAACGACAGCUGCGGGAGGGGAUGAGGAGGGGGAGGCCGCGAAGGGGAAGGCGAAGGGUGCGAGACGGGGGAGGAGUGCUGCGGGCGCGUCGAAGGAGGGGAGGGUGAAGGAUGAAGAAGAGGAGGAGUUUGUUUGAAUGUUUGGCGCCUGGUUGGGCGGGCGUUUAUACGGCGGGAGAGGGAAAUCGCCCGUCUCUUGCUUCCACACGGUGUCGCGUGUGUGUGUGGUUUUUUUUUUUUUGGAUAUCGCUUCCAACUAUCUCGGUUGGGGGUGACGAGCGAGGGAGACAGAGGACAUUCCGUUGCCAUGCUCCCUCCUGGGCCUUGUACAUGUGUUGUGUCUAGAACCUAGAGAGUCGCUAUCUAUUCCCCAAAAAAUUUCCCCGAGCAAUCCUAAUCUGACUGCCCUAAUUCCUACAUCAACUACGCACGCUAUACAUACAGGAUAUACGCCCCCCUUUCCCUUUCCUCACCUACAACCCAACCCCAACCCUAA